AUGAACUUCAACACUGGCCAGCCACUCUACCUGAACCCUGUAAGCCUACCUGGAGUGGGCACCAUGGUGGAGGCUGGUGGGGAGGGCUACUUCCAUGACCCUGUGACUGUGAAUGGGAACCUCUUUGUCCAGUAUCAGCACCGGAUCCCUUUGCAAUGUGUGGACACCAUCAUGAUCGGUGGCAUAGUGCAGCUGGCCUAUGUCAACUUCCAGUCUUGCCCACCUGAAUCAUUCCCAGAACAUAAACAUACCUUACCUUUCCGUGCCUCGAUUUGUGGGGGACUCUCUCCAGCCAAAUCCAUGCUUGCGUCUGGCUCUGUCCUGCCUUCUGCUUACUGGUUUGUAAUCAACCUGAGAAGUGGGAAUGACAUGGCCUUCCACCUGAACCCAUGAUUUGAACAGAAUGCUGUAAUCUGGAACAGUCACAUCGCUGGCUCAUGGGGACCCAAGGAGCUUAAUCUGCUCGGUGCUAUGCCCUUCAUCAGAGGCCAGACCUUCAAGGUAUCGAUCACCUGUGAAGCCCACUGCUUCAAGGUAACUGUCAACGGGCACUACUUGUUCGGUUACAACCACCAAGUGAAGAACCUGCCAUCUAUCAACUUGCUGGAGGUGGCUGGAGAUAUUCAUCUGACUCACGUUCAGAUCUAACAAAAU